ACACCUAUAUAUGCUUCUAGGAAGAGUUGACUACCUUUGGAAUCAUAAAAGAUACCUAUAUAUGCUUCUAGGAAGGGUUGACUACCAUUAGUCAUUAAGACAUCAUCUCUCGCGGUGCAUCUUCUCGUAGAUCCCCACAGUCAUUGUCAAAUCCAAUAAUGGGGAUAUCUUGGCCAUUUCAACUGCAGAAAUGAGAAGUAUAUACUACCGUGCAGCUUGGAGUACUAUCAGUUUUAUGACAUCCGGUACUGUAAAGAACACACCAGGAAAACGUCUCAGCAUGUGUUUUUCAAAUAUCCAUAUAUGUGCAUGUACAUAAUGCACUUACCAGCAACUUACGUAUGCAUACGUGUACAAUUUGCACGUGUGUAUUAGUCCAAGUAGCGUGUAUUGUUUUAAGUACAGUACAUAAUCAAACCAUUGCACAUGCAUAUUUGGAUUCAGGCAAAACACGUGUACGUAUGUAGAUAUAUGUAGUCAUGUGUGCAUAAGUGUUAAUGUGUAUAUGAAUUUUGUAUCUACAAGUGUGGUGUGCUUUGCAGUCACAUUCAAACACACUUGCAUGUAUUCCGAAUAAUUAGGUGCGUUGCCCACACCAGCCAGUUAGAGUAUAGCUUACAAAGACUCAUAGCCUAGAGAUAAUGCUUGCAGCCAAUGAAAGAAGACGGUAGAGAAGUUGGAAAUGGAAGCCACUGAUUGGCCAAAGCCAUUCUUUGGUAGUAGAAUACCCGCAGAGUUAACAGUCGGCUUGAAAAUGACGGCGUGUUCUUCACCAAGUAUACGUGGAUGAAUUUUGGCCAAGGUUUCCUGAUUUUGACCCCAACAUUACUGCAUUCAGUGAGAAUGGAAUAUUGUACAAUAGAGACCCAAUUUCUGGUGGAAGUUGCAAACCAUGAAGCCAUCUGUAUAUGGUGGCAUGCAGAGCUCAUACAGAAGACCCUCGACAAAUACCAAGGUUUAUUCGGCGUCAGUCAAGGAGUUGUAUUACUUCAUUGCUGGACAACCUCAGAAGUUCAGAACACUAGUUUUUUAACAAUGAAACUCAGUGGAAGAAAAAUGGAUUUACGGUAUGGAAAUGCAGCUUGCAAGGAAGCAAAAGGACUUUCCCCCCUAGGCAUUCAGCAUGGUUCUUCAAAUACCCUCAACAUCUAGGCUACCACCUCCUGAGAGAACACACUAAAAUGAUCUCUUUUGCAUGUUUAGUCAAAGUGUUAAGAGAACUGGUACCAGAUAGCAUGCGGGAGUCUUUACCUGUUGCACCUUCGACGACUCCUGAUGAAAUAUUACUUGCAACAUCAUGUCAGCCCAUACGGCAAACCAGCAGGAUAGCAGCCACAUAUAGCAACCGAGGGAGAGGAAAUUACCUAGUUGGGCCUGUUAACCACUUUCUUCAUCACUGAGUCCGGUAGUGAUCCGACUGCAGGGGGCAGCCAUUCUUGGCGCCUUUGUCUUGUUUACCUCACUGCAUAUGCUUGUUACAAAGCUUUUGUACGUAUGUAUAGUUUUAUAAAGUUGUUUUACUACUGCUACCAUCAGAUAUAUUAUUAUGGACCUUAAGGAACCAGAAUAUGUUUUAUUGAAUAUAAGGGCACACUUUGUAUUAUUAUUUUAUAUCGAAUUCUCUCAAUUCUUCUAAUGACUUGCUUCUCUGGCACAAUGUUAUUUCUAAGCAGCUGUCCGAUGUUCAUCAAGCUUUCAGUCAACAGAAUUGCGGGACGGUGUUAUCGCAGACGGAGGGUCAAGGACAGACUAAGAGUCGGCAACAGGUACUAUUCAGGUGUGUCUUGUAGGUCGGGAACAGGCUGUAGUCGUUAAUCCAUUUUCUUAAGUUUCUUUCAGGAUUCUUAAGGACAUACGUCUACAAGUUUUGGUCGCCUCGUUUUGGCCAUCCUCAAGACAGGAUUGCUGUGUGCAGUUAAAUUGGUGGGAUUGGCGCUAUUUACUGCAAUCAAGUGGCUUGAGGGGUCUGGUAGCCUAUUUUUCAUUGGGCACUUCUUGUGCGUCACUUGUGAUGUCAUCAAGGGGACGGCUUCUAAGUGGCUGUCCUUUCCGUGGGCGGAGCCUCAUUCUCAUCAGUGUUAAUGGAGGUCUGCUCGAAGGGCAUGCUGCUAGGUCGUCCUCAGGGUGAGAGCCCAU